GCCGAAAGGUAACAGGUUUAAACCAGGAGUCGUCUUUUUCUUUUCACAAUAAAUCAGGAACACAAUGGACCCAAAGGAAAGCCAUCGCUCUGGACCAUGUACAAAGAGCCAACAUGCCAGUGGAUCAGAGCUGAGGAUCAUUCUCAUGGGCAAAACAGGAACCGGCAAAAGUGCUACAGGAAACAGCAUCCUUGGGAAGCGAGCAUUUGAGUCCAAGCUGAGUGCCCAGACCUUGACUAAGACUUGCAGCAAAAGUCAGGGAAGCUGGGGAGAGAGAGAGAUGGUCAUUAUUGACACGCCAGGUGUGUUUUCUGAGAAGGACCAGUGUGAAGACCUGUACCAAGAGGUGCAGAGGUGCUACUCACUCUCUGCACCAGGACCCCACGUGCUGCUGCUGGUGACCCAGUUGGGCCGGUACACCACCCAGGACCAGCAGGCUAUCCAGAGAGUGCAGGAGAUCUUUGGAGAGGAUGCCAUGAGACACACAAUCAUCCUCUUUACCCACAAGGAAGACCUCAAAGGUGGCUCCUUGAUAGACUACAUCCAUGAGUCGGACAACAAAGCCCUCAGCAAGCUGGUGGCAGCAUGUGGGGGGCGUGUCUGUGCCUUUAAUAAUCGAGCUGAGGGGAGUGAUCGGGAUGACCAAGUGAAGGAGCUGAUGGACUUAAUUGAGGGCUUGAUGAGGGAGAGGAGGGGCGGCCACUUCACCAAUGAACUGUAUAGCCUCGUGCAAGGGCCAAAUUGUGGAUCUGUCAGGUCGGAAGAAAGAUCAAAGAAUUUCAGAGGGAAUUUGCUAAAGUACAUGGAAAUUCAGAGACGUCACAUAGCCAUAGCCAAAGCAAAUUGCCUACAAAGAAUCCUAAUCAAAACACAACUGUGUGUUUUAUUUUGUAUUCAACUGUGUGUCAAAUUGCUGGUUCUGUUGUUCUGUGUGUUGCGCAGUGUGUGCAAGUUGUUUUACUCCUUACCCUCCGGCAUGUGCCAUUUAUUUUGUAGCUUUCUGUGCAUUAUACUCAAGGAGGUCAUAAUAAUCUUGCGAAGGACCAUUGUUCCACAAUGCAAGCCUUCUGGGUUGUAGUUACAGUCGGUGAUUAUUAAUAUUUACUCACUAUCGUUUGGUGGGUGGAGCACAGUGCCUUCCCUGUAGAAUGUGAUGCCUCAUGUCAUAGCUGAGAUUCUGUGAAAUGUUUAAAUCUUAACAUAUUACACCAUUUAUUAAGGAACCAAAAUAUUUUAAAAACUCUAUUUGAUUAAAAU